AUGGUCCGUCGUCAGCCCUCUUCGACCGCUUCAGCCACUGGUGGUACCUCAAGUCUAGUCGCAGAUAGCUCUUGCUCUAACGGGCCUUAUACCCGCUCCUGCUGGAAGAAUGGAUACUCCAUUGCUACAGACUACAAUCUUGAAAUCACCAACACAACAUGCAAUCCCGAUGGAGCACAUGAGCAACAGUGUCUCUUGAUCAACGGUCAACUACCCGGACCUGUUAUACGAGCCACCUGGGGCGACACUCUCUCGAUCACGGUCACCAAUUCCAUGCAGGACAAUGGCACUGCGCUGCACUGGCAUGGUGUAAGACAGUUCAACUCACCCGGAAUGGAUGGAGUAAACGGCGUUUCUGAAUGCGCACUUGCACCGGGCGAAACCAAGACGUACACCUUCAAGUGCACGCAAUACGGCUCUUCGUGGUACCACAGCCACUAUUCAAGUCAAUAUGGUAUGGGUGUGAUAGGAACUAUCUUGAUUGACGGACCUGCUACCGACAACUACGACAUCGACCUUGGCACUUUUCCAAUGAUGGACUGGUAUUACAAGAAUGCCGACGUGGUGAACGCUUUGGCUCUUGUAAAUGCUCAGGCUGGAGGUGGUGCGCCACCUUCGGAUACUCUUUUGCUCAACGGUACCAACAACAACGGCCCUGGUGGUAAAUAUCAAUCUGUCGCGCUCACCAAGGGCAAGAAGCACCGUCUGCGUUUAAUCAAUACCUCCGUCGAUAGCCACAUGAUGGUCAAGCUUGAUGGCCAUCCAUUCACGGUCAUCGCUGCCGACUUUAUUCCCGUCGAGGCAACGCCUGCUGACGAGUGGUUGUUGGUCGCCAUCGGCCAGAGAUACGAUGUGAUCUUCGAAGCCAACCAAACAUCAGGCAACUACUGGUUCAGAGCGGAAGUUGCUAGUGCAUGUGGAAGCGCGAGCAACGGCAAUGGUCGUGCGAUCUUCAGAUACGACGCCUCUGAUACUUCCACACCUGCGGACUCGGGCGAGACUGCCCCCACGUCCGAGUGUAUUGAUAUGAACACAACUCCAUACUGGAAGCAAUCUGUCGACAAGGAUACUUUUGUCGCACAGGCUAAGACUUUAAGCACCGGCUUUGGUGACGGCGUCACGGUUAACGGCGAGAACCUGCUCUUGUGGCAUUUGAACACUACCGGUAAGUACUCGUAUAACUUCAUACUCGUGACCUUACUAAUCCCGGUUANNGCUAUGUCUAUCCAUUGGGACAAGCCAACACUCGGUUACGUGUUCAAUGGCAGCGACGCCUGGCCUCAAGAGUACGAUGUGAUUGAAAUCCCCAAUGAGGGCGUGUGGACCUACUGGGUCAUUCAACAGAUCNCCAUCCAUCUUCACGGCCACGACUUCUUCGUGCUUGGACACCAAGCAUCGUCAAACUUCGAUGCGUCGACUAUGACUGACCAGCUGAACUUUGCAAACCCUCCUCGUAGAGAUACAGCUACUUUGCCUGCUUCUGGCUGGCUCGUCUUGGCCUUCCCUGCGAACAAUCCUGGCNUCAUGCACUGCCAUAUCGCCUGGCAUAUCUCUGAAGGCCUUGGCGUCCAGUUCCUCGAGGCCAAGAACCAGAUCGCUUUGCCCGAUGAGACGCAGUUCAAGCAGCAGUGCUCGAACUGGAAGCAGUAUUCUGCUCACAUGGCCUUCCCUCAGAUUGACAGUGGUCUCUAG